ACCCCACACUUUAAUACUGAUGAAACCUUUAUUUAGCUGCGCAGAAUCAAGUAUCAGUGUUUUAUAUACUGAUCAAGUCAGGAGUUUUCUAUUUAAAUUUGGAAUGUGUUGUUUUUUUUCAAAAAAGUAAAGACAUCGUAUGCUGAUCAUCGUCAUUGGCAUUAAGCACAGCAUCUCUCUGUAGGCGCAUCGACCUGACAGGAAAGCAUGGCAGGUGCUGCCCAGCUUCUCCUGCUGUGCUGCCUCCUGCAAGGUGGUUUAUGCCAGAAAUGGGCAAGCUUUAUGCCUCAGAGCCUGGAGGGACUCAGUGGGUCCUGUGUGAUGAUCAACUGCACUUUCAGCAUUGGCCUAGGAUUUGAUCCUUACCUGGAUGAUACCUGUGCAGCCAUUUGGACAACAGGCGGGCCGUUUGGUCCAACAGUGUUCAACUCUGGUCUCACUGGACAAAGUACAAACGCAAACACUCUGCAAGGAAACCUGACGGGAAACCUGCGUGCAAAGAAUUGCACCACCGUCUUCCACAACAUGUCGCCAAAAGAUGAUAACACAUAUUACUUCGGAGUGCAGUGUAACAACCCUUUGAAGAUCAGAUUUCCAACAAACGCCACCAUCAUCACCAUCACAGAUUCACUUCCUAAACCGGCCAUAACUCCACCCCCGGUCGAGGUGGAGGAAGGAGAUCCAGUGAGGUUGGAGUGCUCGGCUGUAGCUCCCUGCCCCCUUCUUCCCCCGGCUCUCACUUGGACUCCUGCUAUCGGCGACGUUAAGGAGAACCAACAAAGUGCAUCCGUGAGCUCCGUUCUGAACUUCACUGCUACCCGCCUCCACAACGGACAGAGGUUACAGUGCUCUGCUCUCUACAGACGACAGGCUGGACACAGUGACCUUCAGUAUGAAAAUAAUCUGACCCUCCGCAUUCUUUUUGCUCCACAGAUUCUGCCUUCUUCACGCUGUGUCAGCAUUGGUUCCCUGAUCCGGUGUGUUUGUAACAGCCAGGGGAACCCUCCUCCCUCCCUUUUUUGGGAAUUGGCUGGGAAGGCUGUCGAUCACUCUGUCAUCCCAACCAGGGAAGUUCCCCUUGGGAGUUUGGUUAUGUGGAGCCAAAUCACCGUGAACUAUUUGGACGAAGACGUGCUCUCUCUAGUCUGCCUUAGUAACAACUCUGUGGGCUCUGAUCGCUUCGUAUUCAGCGUGUCCUCCACCAACACUACGCCAGGCUUCCAUCCUUUGUCUCUGUUCUUUGGCUCUUUGGUGGGAGCCAUCGGGACGCUGCUGAUGUGUUUACUAUUCUUUUCAGACCAGCUCAUCAAAAAAGCAUGUGAGCUAUGGAAAUAAAUAGGAAUGAAAGAAGCAAUAGAGGACACACAAGGGAGGAAGAGACGGAGGCUGACGUCCAUCAGGGGGAAGGGAUGUUGUCAUAGGAACAGGACUUUAUCGUAUCAGCAGAGCUGUGGAGAUAGAAACCACACUGCAGGCCUCCUUAUACAACGUGAGUAAUGCCUCACACUCGCGGCUUCAAGCUUAGCUCUCAACUUUUUGCCUUUUUAUUUCAUUAUCUCGUGUCUCUUUGCUGAAAAAUGCACAGAAGAAGCAUAGAAAUGAAAAACAUUUAGUGUUUUACCAUCCAACAGUAAACGCUGCCUGUAAAGUCACUGCUGAUGCUUUUCUACGUCUCUCACUUCAAUAGAGUCACAUUUGUCAUGCUACUGUUUACAUUUAUUAUCUUUUGUCUUAGAGCUCACUUGAGUUAUUAAUUAUCUGUAUUCUUGAGGAGAGUCGUUUUUUUUCAACUUUUUGAAAUGUUUUCUUCAUUAUUAAUUGUGCUUGUUAUGUUUAAAUAACUUGUUUUAAAUAGCUUGUUUCUUUCGAAACAAGCCUCGGUAACGUUUAAAGCCAUUUCAUCAUGUGCUAAUCACCAAUUUGGGUAUGUAAAUAAAUAUUUAAAAUAUGAA